AGCUUCACGCAAGAUCAUAGCUAGUGCUGCAGCUGUCAAGCGAUACUAUGACUCCUAUGGCAGCAGCGGAUGAGCUCUGGGCCAAGCUGCUACAGGACGCUGAGGCGCUCGCCAAGGAGCACAUGUCAGGAUAUGACCCUUCUCAUGACUGGGCACAUGUGCAAAGAGUACGUCAAUGGGCAAUGCACUUGGCGACGACCGUUGAGGGACCUAUUGAUCGCCACGUCGUCGAGCUCUGCGCGUUGUUUCAUGAUGUCUGCGAUGCCAAAUAUUCUGACACGCCUCUCCCUUCCAUCCUUGGUCCCUUCUUUGACGCUCACCCAGGUGUCAUGUCUGAGUCUCAGCUGGAUCUGAUAUAUCGUGUCAUUCCUUCAGUCUCAUGGUCGACCGAAGUCAAAUUACGCGCAUCACAUCAGUGGACAGAAUGGCAUGAUCAAUCUCGCGAGCUCGCAGUGGUCCAAGAUGCAGAUCGUUUAGAUGCUGUCGGCGCAGUGGGAGUCAUGCGAUGCGCCGCCUAUAGCUCGAGCAAGAACGUCUUGCUCCUGGAUCCAAAGGAGUCAAUGAAAGUACAUGCGAACGGUUCAAAGCCUGUACCAACUGCACAGGCUCAUUUUCACGAGAAGCUGCUCCACAUCAAAGACAGGAUGAAGACUCGAGCAGGUCGAAUCGAAGCGGAAAAACGUCAUCAAACGAUGCUAGACUUUUUAGAUGCGUUGAGUAGAGAGCAAGAUACUACACGCUCCGAGUAGAAUUCACUGUCCUCUUCAGAGCUACGUAUAGAGCAAGCCGCCGUUGAGUCCGAUCGAGGCGGAAGAGCUUUGGGUCGGAUCGAGUCCAUGGCACAGUAUAUGUAUGUAUAAUUGUCCCGUCGCCACGCACAUGUCAAUGACCUCA